ACUCCGGUACUAGUGCCCCGUACGGCCGCGUCCUUUCUCCGUGCCUCUUCUCGUUCCUUCUUCGUUCCUCCGUACGGUCCAUCGCGAUUCCCCUUCGACUCUUUCUUCUCUCUCUCUCUCUCACUGCAACGAAUCCGCGUCCUCGUCGCGAAUCUUCGGAACGUUAGUUCGAGUCGAUCGUGAUCGGUGAUUGGCGGUCCCGAAUCAGCGCGACAGGACACACGAAACGCGGAAACGGACCGCAGUACCGUACAUUCGGCGAGGUGCGUGCCCCCGCGUGAUUUUGGUUAAGAAGACUUUGGGACUUCGUGGAAAGAGGCACAGUGGCAAGCCAAGCGUUGGGGAAUCGAUAGUGUCGUGGCAACGAUUCUGACAACGGUUCUGACCGACCCUGCUAACGAGUCGGACUUGCCCUGGAACAGGUCGACCCCGAUUGUUUUCCCGCCAAGACAGAGCAGAGUCUCGCGAGGUUAGAACUUUCGUUCGACGACGGGAAAGUAAGUGAGAUUAGAGGUGGUCGAAUCCGAGGUAGUAUCAGAGUCUUCGGUGAAGCUCGAACGAUCGAGAGGACACGUGGAUCGCGGAAUCGCGUCAUCCUGCGAUCUUCCACGAGACGAGCAAGAAACACGUGUGUGCAGUCAGUGUCACGGGGUGAAGGGACGGCCUUGUGAGAGUAGAUACAUCGGUGAUCGUCAGCCAUCCCCGGACCGAUUUUGACAGAGAAAGACACGUUGAUUCGAGGAUAUUAGACAGAGGAACGAUGGCUAGGUGGAAUGAUAUACUUCGAUGGGAAAGAUGUGUCGGAAGUGUCCUCUUGGCGGUGCUGUUCGUCGUUUCCCGCGUCAGCUCCGAGGACAACCCGGGGCUUAUAUCACAGACUGCGGCAAUGAACUACCUGUCUCAGUUUGGAUACCUGCAGCCUAUCAAUCCAACAAGUGGUGGAAUCAUAUCGCAGGAUACACUAUCGAAAGCAAUAUCGGAGUUCCAAGCUUUUGCUGGAUUGAAUAUAACAGGUGACUUUGACGAGGAGACGUACAAGCUAAUGGCACUGCCAAGGUGUGGCGUUAAAGACAAAGUUGGUCCUGGUUUCGGAAGGUCGAAGCGAUACGCUCUUCAAGGCUCGAGAUGGCGCGUGAAGAAAUUGACGUACAAGAUCAGCAAGUAUCCGCGAAAUUUGCCACAGCACAAAGUCGACGUCGAGUUGAACAAAGCGUUCAAAGUGUGGUCGGAAUACACGGAUCUCGUUUUCAUUCAAAAGAAGUCGGGUCAGGUCCAUAUUGAGAUUAGAUUCGAGAAAGGGGAACAUGGAGACGGGGAUCCUUUCGACGGACCUGGUGGCACUUUGGCUCACGCUUAUUUCCCUGUGUACGGUGGUGAUGCCCAUUUCGACGACGCAGAACAAUGGACCAUUGACAGCUUCCGUGGCACGAAUCUUUUCCAAGUAGCCGCUCACGAGUUUGGCCAUUCCCUUGGAUUGAGCCAUAGCGACGUUAAGACUGCCCUAAUGGCACCCUUCUAUCGCGGCUACGAACCCUACUUCACGUUGGACGACGAUGACAUUCAAGGCAUCCAGGCCCUGUAUGGAAAGAAAUUAGUAAGCACCGGUGGUAUUCCAAGCGGACCAAGAUAUACCACCACUACUUCGCCACCUAGCGAAGAGGACUCAGAACUAUGCACAGAUCCGAGGGUCGAUACUAUGUUCAAUUCUGCGGAGGGUCACAUGUAUGUGUUCAAGGGUGAUCGGUAUUGGAGAUUAACAGCAGAUGGCGUGGCAGUCGGCUAUCCCAAGUACAUUUCGCACUCGUGGAAAGGACUGCCAGGGAACAUUGACGCUGCUUUCACCUAUAAAAAUGGAAAAACUUAUUUCUUCAAGGGCUCGAAAUACUGGAGAUACGUGGGCAAGAGAAUGGACGGAGACUAUCCCAAGGAAAUCAGUGAAGGUUUUACAGGGAUCCCGGAUAAUAUCGAUACCGUGACCGUUUGGACCGGAAAUGGCAAGAUCUAUUUCUACAAGGGCACCAAAUUCUGGAGGUUCGACCCUGCCCAGAAACCACCUGUAAAGAACACGUAUCCAAAACUGACUUCGAACUGGGAAGGUGUCCCGGACAAUCUGGACGCCUCGAUCGUCUAUCGUGGUUACACGUAUUUCUUCAAAGGAAAUGCCUAUUACCGAUUCAACGACAGGACGUUCUCGGUGGACGUUGCUGAGCCAGCAUUCCCUAGAUCGACGGCCUAUUGGUGGUUCGGGUGCAGAUCAGCAACCAAGGGAACGUUAGGUAAUGUCCAAUGGCUACGCGAAAAUCCUGAGGAUAUUUUUCCGCAUGCCAUGCUGGAAUCCUCUGAUGGUUACGAAGACGAUGACAAGAAUGGUGACGUCGGCGACAUCAUUUUAGACGCAGGCGAAACGGACGAGCAGCUAGUCACGUCUUCCAAUCAGGAUGCGGACUCUGCGGCGGAAAGCAUUGCGUCGUUAUCGUGGUACCUUCCACUCAGUUUGAUGACCAUGAUCAUCGCUAAAAUUAUUGCCACUACAUAAAACAGAUGAAUUAUUUGUUGAAGAUCAUAAAGUGAUGCUAUCAUCGAUAAUGGGAUAUUCAAUAGAAAUAUUUAAACGGACCAUUAAAACUGGGAAAGUGUGACUCAAAGUGUAUUGUACACGAAGAAGGGAAACUGUGCCAAAAAUGGCAAUGUGCUAAUCGAAGCUCACGAAUUAUGGAUGGUAAUUCUUUUCGACGUCAACGAACAAGCUAGCAAAAUUUUGUUCGUUAUUUUGUUCAUUUUAAUCUCUCAUAAAAGAAUCAUUCCAAACGAAGCAACAUAGCGCGUAUAGUUGUUCGAAGUGUGCUUCAUCAUAGGUAUAAGUAUUUUCCACAGCAUGUUUUAUAAGAUGUAGUUUACUUGACGAUUUUAUGUUCCGUUAUUAAUCGACAAAUUCGAUGUAUCUUAUGAAACAUGCUGUACAUAUGUAAAAUAUAUAAGAACAUGUAAAAUAUGUUUAUACGUAAUAUUAUAAGUCUCAUGCAAUGUUGUGUCAUCAAAUCUUUUACACUGCCUAUUUAUUCUUUAUUCGUACAUCGUGGUUUGUAUAAACAUUAAUGUUAAAGGCACUUACUUUGCGUAUUCAUGCAGGAGAUAUUUGAAAAAGAACUGAAAUAUGCUGUAACAUGACAAAUAGCGGAUAAACAGUCAAUUGGUGGCUCUGACAGUAUUAUGAGUAUUAUAGAAUUUUCAUUUUCUUUUUCUAAGAAUGUAAAUACUUCUCAGAAUGUAAGGAAAU